AAGUUGAAAAAAAGAACACCGUUUCUAACCACUACUAAACAAUUCCGAUUUGUUUGGAAUUAGAUUGAAAAACUGGUGAAAUUAUCGAAUAAACCCUUUUGCUUUGUGCUGCUCACAUACACCAUGAUGAUUCGUCGAUAUCAUACCUUGCUUGAUACAUACACCUUGCUUGAUGCGUCGGUUUGACAGUUCAUUUAUCACAUGCGUCACGUCAUAUACACCAGUAUUGUUUUGAAGUUGCACAUACACCGGUUUGCAAAUUCCCAUAAAACAUAAUAAAGUUUGUUCUAUUCGUCAGUUUCUACGUUCAACUACAACGAAUAUUGAAUGUUUCCAAUUUCAACUCGACUAACAGGAGCACCGGACGGAGCCUUACGUCGGAAUGAAGAAUUAUGCUUGAAUUUUGUUCUUCUUGUGGUGAUAAGUUAGUUAAAAUUUAAUCAUGGAUACAGAUAAACUUAAUCACGAGCUUCAAAUCUUUCGGAACCACGUGAAAAUCGCCCGGGAGAACAUCAUCCACAAGCUGAUCCGGGACAUCAAGUUCUGGAAGGCGAAACAUGAAAGCAACGCGGACAACAAGCGAGCCGCUCGGAAGCAGGAAUCGCUGGAAGCGUUGAUGGGCCACAUCAAGGCCCAGCCGGCCUCGGAACUAGCCAAGGCCGUCAUCCGAUUCAAUCCGAAAAAGUGCGGGGCUGGGCUUGAAGAGCGAGCUUUGAUGAGAUUCCACGAAAACAAAAAGUUGCUUCCGGAGGUGAAGGCACUGAUUCGGCGGUUCGGAUUGGGUAGUAAAAUGGAAGUGCUGGAUAAGUAUUUAAAGAGUCGAACGGAUGGGAAGAAGGGCAAGGCUGGGAAGAAAGGCAAGAAGGUUAAAAAACGGGAGAAGGUUCCGAAGGAAAGACAACCGGAGGAGCAGGAAUCGGAGGAUCAAGGAUUUUGCGAGGCUGCGGCGGAAGAUGAUGGAUCUGUGGGAAGCGUCUCGAAGUCGGAUUCGGAAGAUGUUGAUGAGGAGGAAGCCGGGAAGUUUGUAAAAUUGACGCCUGCCAAAGUAAAGAAGCCUGUUAAAGGAAUCGUAGAGAAGAAAUCAAAGAAGGUGGAGAAAAAGCCGAAAGAAAAGAAGGAUUUCAAACCACCCGAAGAGGAAGAUACCGAUGAUAAAUGUAUCCAGAUACAGGAUAGCUUUUUCGUGACAAGUUCAGGGCAGAAUUACGUAGCUACAGCACCGGUUGUCGACAAGAAACAGCAGCAGCAGGAGGAGGAAGAGGAAUUUAGCUGGAAGCGAGCUAAUAAGCGAAAGGAUAUUCUGGGAAAGAAAGAGGAACGACCCCAGAAACGACCAUUCGGAAAGGAUGUUGAUGAGCGUAAUGAUGAUGUUCAUCCGUCGUGGAAGGCCAAACAGCAGCAACAAGGCAUCAAACAAUUCCAAGGUCAGAGGAAAUCAUUUGGCGAAAAGGAGCUCGACGUUUCGGACCUUCACCCGUCCUGGGCGGCAAAGCAAAAGCAGCGCAGCUUGCAACCCUUCGCGGGGAAAAAGAUCAAAUUUGAAUCGACCGAAGCAGAAACUCCAUCCGUCGGUGGUGAAGAUCUGCACCCAUCCUGGGCGGCAAAGCAGAAACAGAAGGGCCUAAAACCGUUCCAGGGCAAGAAGAUUGUUUUCGACUCCAGUGAGCAAGCGGAGCCGUCGAAACCAGCGGACGAUGUCCAUCCUUCGUGGGCAGCCAAGCAGAAGCAGAAGGGAUUGAAACCGUUCGAAGGAAAGAAGAUCGUAUUCGAUACGAAUGAGGACAAACGUGAAACGGUGACUCCGGCGGCUGUGCCAUCCGAUUUGCACCCAUCAUGGGCAGCCAAACAAAAGGAGAAAGGCAUCCAGGAGUUCCGGGGGAAGAAGAUCACUUUCGACGACUAGACGGUAAGUGCGUUUCAUCUGUAAAAUAACUUUAUUUGCUAUGCCUAAUGUUAAACUUUGAAUGGAAUAAAUACGUUAUAAGAUAUCA